CCCAACGCUAAACUAGGCCUGGGAUCUCGCUGUGGAUCUUUCGGACUCUGCCACUGCCUUCCGUGGCUGCUUCGGGCUCACACUUAGCCCUCACGGACCCAGCUGUGCUUCGCUCUGUCCGGCACACGCCACCGCCGAGCCCAGAGCAGACGCCGGAGCCCCCGAGGUACUCCUUCCAUCUUUGGAACACACUAGUAAUCCACUGAUAACAGGAAGUUAUGAGGGACCCUGUGAGUAGCCAGUACAGCUCCUUUCUUUUCUGGAGGAUGCCCAUUCCAGAACUGGAUCUGUCAGAGCUGGAAGGCCUGGGUCUGUCAGAUACAUCCAUCUACAAGAUCAAAGACAGCAGCGCUGGCAAAAUGACCGGGCAAGCAACGGGAGAACAGGAGAAAAACUCUGAAGGCGAUGCCCUCCUGGAAUACAGCACCUUCAACUUCUGGAGAGCUCCCAUUGCUAGCAUCCACUCCUUUGAAUUGGACUUGCUUUAAGCCCAAGACUUCUCUCUCCCACCACCUUGCCCUCACUGUCUUCCCUUUCAGGCCCCUUCCUUUCCAACCCUUUUCUCCUAUUAAUCUUGCUCUCUCCCCUCUAUUCUGUUGAGGUGGUGCUGAUGAAUCUGCCAGAGUUGUGCUGUGUUGUAUGUAUGUAUGUAUGUAUGUAUUUAUUUAUUUAUUUAUCUCUCUAUCUUAUCAGUUUCUCUCAAAAGCCCUUAAGCCACAAAGAAAAGGGUUCAAGCAAUGUAGUAUUGGAUCGCAGGGAUUCCUUCUCCCCCCUCCCUUCCUAAUUCCAGAAAACAAGCCUGGUGGGGGCACCAGAGAGUGGUACAGUGGUACAAAAUGGACGACCGAUUUCUUUUACUUCAUUUUAAUCAGCUUUAGAGAUUGCUCAAACCUAAUUUCCUGUUCCAGAUCAGUAAACACAAAUCUUUCUUCCAGGGUUGAUGAAAACCUUAUAAGUUUUAAUUGAGAUUAUCUGCUACAAGACAGUAGGAUUUCUAAAAGGCUAAUGUGAUAAGUCUCUUGCUAUUUGAUCCUGCUCCUUGUAAUACACUUUUUUCUCAGAGAAACUGGGGGUAGUUAAAAGUAUAAAACAAGAGGAAAUAAUACAUCAUGGAAAGUUAAAAUAGGGGAAAGCAUCGAAUCAUUUCAGAAAUAACGACAUUCUCAGAAGGGUGUUCCUCCUUCAAGCCUACUCACUUUUUAUCUUUGCUCCUAACUGAAAACUCCAGCUGAGGAAAAUUACUCCAGUUUCAAUUCUUAUGAUGCAAUCUUACUGACUACUAUGAUAAUUUGUAAGGUUGAUUCCUUUCUAAAAGGCAUAGGGUUUGGCCUUUAUUGUUUUAGUCUUGCCCUGCAUCUGCAAUGUAUAAUACUGAUCGGUGGGCCCCAGGCACAGUUCUUCAGCUACCUUGAGACCACGAAAUAAUCACAUUAUGACCCUACACCUUGUCCCCUCCAUUCCUUUCAAAAUUGUUGCUGCUGAUUUGUGCUGCCAUUUACUCAUUUCUUUAAUAAAGACAUUCAAUCCCAGGA